AAAACGAUGAAUGGGCCAACCUCUACCCAAUGGUCAGCAAACUUGCAGCCAUUGCCAUGACAGUACCAAUAUCAAGUGUUAGCUGUGAAAGGGACUUCUCAACAAUGAAUAGGGUAAAGACUGACUUGAGGAACAGGCUGCAGGGGGAUCAUCUGGCUGCAUGCCUGCAGCUCAGCAUCAAUGGGCCACCUUUGGGGGAAUUCCCCUACCACAGGGCCCUGGAGAUGUUUUGCAAGAAAUCAAGAAAAAUUAAAUGCCAAAUCCCACCCAGCAAAGUGUGUCAGUGAGAGUUUUGAAAAAAAAAUAUUAUUGUGCAAAUAAUAGUGUAUUCUUCAACACUAGUUAUUUAAAUGCAGCAGUUUCUGGAUAGGUGGAGUUCAAAGUGGAGUGUGUGUAAGUGUGUCUAAUAAAACAAUA